CAGACAGCGAACAACACCUCCAGUCCUUCUCGCUCUCCUUCUCAUUCUCAGUAACCCUAGCAUUCAAUACCAUCCUCGAUGCCGCCCUUCAUCAAAAACCCCUUCAAGCGCUCCACCCAUCCCGAACCAGCCGCGCCCGCCGUGGUGCGCGAAGCUGUAAAUGCGCCAACAGCAGCUGCUGUUGACGAGGAACUACUGAGUCCGGUACCGACGGGAGUUGAGACGGCGAGUGGUCGGAGUUCCGUCGAUGUCGCACGGAUUGCGAGGGGAGAGAGGCUGGAUAGGGAGUUAUCCGAUACCGCAAUCGUUGGUGGAAAGGGGCCUGUACCGAUAAGCGAGUCGAAGAAGGAGCAGGCGUUUAAACUAAACACCUUCCAGAAAGACUCCGGGAUAUAUCUACCCCCCUCACCCCCCGAAGCAACCCGAACAACCGGCUUCCUGUCCGCCCUCCGCCGCAAGAACCCCAGCACAACAACAACCUCCUCCCGCGACCGGAACGAGUCACCAACGAACCUCACACCCGCAGACGAGCAAUUCGUCAUCCCACGCGAGUCACUCGAUGGUUAUCGACGGUCAUUUGAUAUUACGGCGAGUAUGCCCGUUAACGUGGACAGGGAUAGUGCGAGGGAUGGGAGGAGGGGAAGUGGUAUUCGGGCGAGUUUUGAGAGGUUUGGGGGUGGUACUGGACGUUUUUCCCUGGAUUCUGCACGUUCAGCGACACCAGUAGCUACAGCACGUCAACCAAACGUCCCACCAACACUCGCCGAGCCAGUCUCCGCUUCGAACGAGCACACAGCACAAACCGUGGGAACAAAGAGCGACGAGUUCGAGGAGUUACCGUUGGACGACGAACCCGUGACACCAGCAAAGAAGAAGACGGGCUUGUUUGGUUUAGGAGGAAGGUUUGGGCGCGAGAGUCGGGGGAGGAGGGGUGAUCAUGAGGAAAUGGAGGUUGAGUUGGGGCCGGCUACGACGCCCGCGAAGGAGGUGGAGCUUUAGAGGUAGGUGAUGGAGUGAUGGCUCGAGGGCGCAUACAUGAGCGACGUUCGACAUUUGUAUCGAGUUUCAUGGAUUUGUGGGGAGAUUGGGAUGGUUAGGGUAAUGGAGUGGGAUGGUCGGUGCUUGGUAUGCUUAUUAUGGGGU